AUGGGCAUCUUCUACGAAGAAAUGCCCGACUGGCUUAUGGCCUGGAUUGUGAAACAGCACUUGUUCUUUGUCGCGACAGCGCCGAAGGAGGGGCAUGUAAACAUGUCCCCGAAAGGUGUGAAUGGAACCUUCCAUGUCGUUGAUUCGCGUAGCGUUUGGUACGAAGAUAUGAGCGGAAGCGGCGUCGAGACCAUAGCUCACCUACGCGAUACCAACGGCCGAAUCACCAUCAUGUUUGUCGCCUUCGAUCGACCACCAAGAGUCGUCCGCCUCUAUGGCACAGGCACUGUCCACGAGUACGGCACCCCAGAGUACGACAAGUACAUCCCAGCGGGCAAACGCCACCCAGGCUCACGCGCCGUCAUCGAGGUCGAUAUACAUAAAGUCGGCGCGUCUUGCGGCUACGGCGUCCCCUUCUACAACUACGCCGGCCCUCGCACCCUGCUUGAGCGCAAGACCGCCAAAUUCGAGGCCGACAUCAAGCCCGACGGCGACAACUUUAUGCGCAAAUACUGGCGCGAACACCUCACCAAGAGCAUCGACGGCCUUCCCGCGCUUCAAGUCGCACCGAGCACGACGAAUACGCUCGUCAACGUCGGCGUUCUGGAAGAGGAGUGGGAUACGAAGAAGAGUAAGAUACAGAUGGGGUUGGAGAGGUAUGGGAUUGAUGCGAGGAGCUUUUUUGCGGGGACGAUCUUGACGGCGCUGAUGAUGCUGGCGUGGAUGCGUUCUCAAGUACUUUGCGACGACAUGGGCUCUUUCUACGACGAGAUGCCGGACUGGCUUAUGGCCUGGAUUGCCAAGCAGCAUCUGUUCUUUGUAGCGACAGCGCCGACGGACGGCCACGUCAACGUAUCGCCGAAGGGCGUCGAAGGGACCUUCCACGUCGUCGAUUCGCACACGGUCUGGUACGAAGAUCUCACCGGCAGUGGCGUCGAGACCAUUUCGCACUUGCGCGAUAACGGGCGCAUCACCAUCAUGCUCAUGGCCCUCGACAAGCCACCCAGAAUCUGUCGCCUGUUUGGAACAGGUACCGUCCACGAGUUCGGCACCUCAGAUUACGAAAGAUACAUCCCGGCGAACAAACGACGCCCCGGCUCGCGCGCCGUCAUCGAGAUCAAUAUACACAAAGUCGGCGCGUCCUGUGGCUACGGCGUCCCCUUCUUCACCUACGGGGGCCCACGCACGCUCCUCGAGCGUAUCUCCGUCAAAUUCGAAGCGGACGUCAAGGACGACGGCGAGAGCCACUUGCGCAAGUACUGGCGCGAGCACAGUCUCAAGAGCCUCGAUGGGCUUCCCGCUCUGCAAAUUGCGCCUGAGGUGAACGAGCGGCUCGUCAACGUUGGCGUGCUGCAGGAGGAGUGGGCCGGCGAGAAGGGCGACAAAAAGAACAGGAUUUCGGCGGCGUUGAGUUCAUGUGGCAUCGAUGCGAAGAGCUUUCUCGCUGGUGCGAUGUUGGCGAUGCUGUUCAUGGUGGCGUUGACGCGCUUCGUGGAACGCCGGUGA